CUAAGUUUAACCGCCAGAACUAGCCAUUUUAUCAUCGUGUGGGGUGCGGUUUGCCGGUGUUUUGAAGUUUUAUAUUGUAUUUAGUAUAUAUAAUUUUGCUUUCAUAAUGUCUACAAAAACCAGGAAAUCAACGGUGUCUGCUGCUCAACCAGCGGCUUCCAGCACGCCACAGUCUUCUGGUUCAAGUUCAGAGAAAAAAGGAACUCCCCUGAGCCCAGCUCGUAUGACAAGAAUGCAAGAAAAAUUAGAACUUCAAAAUCUGAAUGAUCGAUUAGCAACAUAUAUAGAUAGAGUUCGGUAUUUAGAAGCUGAGAACAGCCGGCUCUCCGUUCAAAUUCAUUCAAGUCAAGAAACUGUCACUCGUGAAGUCAAUAAUAUCAAAACCAUGUAUCAAAAUGAGUUGAAGGAUGCUCGUCAUACCCUUGACGAAACUGCCCGUGAAAAGGCUCAAUUAGCUUUAGAUUUAAGCAAUAUGAGAGAGCGAUUCGACGACUUACAACAAAGAUUAACUAAAAAAGAGAAAGAGCUUUUAAGCAUUGAGAAAAAGCUGAACAACAUGGAAUCCUAUAAUCAAGAGUUGCAAGCCAAAGUAAAUCAACUUACAUCGGAGAAAAAGAAACUAGAGGAUAAUUUUAAGGAAGCUGACGAGGAAAGGAAGAAGUAUGGAAAGGAAUUAGAAGAAAAGAAAAGACUUCUUGAAAAGGAAAUAUUGGACAAAGUUAACUUACAGAACAACUUGCAGAGUUUGAAAGAAGAGUUAUCUUUUCGAGAAACUAUUCAUGAAAAGGAGCUUUCUGAAUCAAGAAUUCUUAAAACGACUGAAAUAACUGAUAUUGAUCAGUCAUUCAGAGAAAAUUAUGAACAAAAGUUGUCUGAAACUCUGCAAGAUUUGAGAGAGCAGUAUGAAUCAGAAAUGAAAUCUAACAGAGAUGAAAUUGUAAUGUUAUAUGAAUCUAAGCUAGCUGAUGUUCAAUCAGAAUUAUCCCAUAAAUUAAAGACUUCUCAAAGCUCUGGAGAAGAAUUUAGAAGCAUGAAAAUGAAAACCGAACAGAUGUCCUCAAAAUUGUCUGAAUUGGAAUCUUUGAAUGAUUCUUUGAGAAAUCGUAUCAAAGAUUUAGAAAAUCUGAUUGAACAAGAAAGAGAAUGGAAUCAUAUUGCUCUUCAAGCCAAAGAAGAAGAACUGAGUAAUUUAAGAAGUGAUGUUGAAAAACAGAUUCAAGAGUAUCAAGAGCUCUUAGAUAUCAAAGUUGCUUUAGAUAUGGAAAUAGCAGCUUAUAGGAAACUGCUGGAAGUUGAAGAAAAUAGGUUGCACAUAACACCCUCAAGAGCUGCUACAGCUGAAGGAGCUCGUAGUACACCAGUUCGACGUACUCCUGUUAGAAGUACAAAAAGAAAGCGCACAGUAUUAGAAUCAGGAGAGAAAUCUAGUCUCGAUUCUCAUGUUUCCUGCACUGCAAAAAGUGAUGUUGAAAUAGAAGACCAUGAUAUGGAUGGGAAAUACAUAAAACUUUUCAACAAAGGAAACACUGAAAUACCAUUGGGAGGUUGGCAACUAGUGAGAAAAGCUGGUGAGCAAGAAUCCACUUUUAAGUUUGGAAGAACUGUAAUCAUUAAACCAAAGUCACAUGUAACGAUUUGGAGUUCGGAUGCAGGAGCUUCUCACAAUCCUCCUACAGAUUUGGUUAUGAGGGGACAAAAAUGGUUUACUUCAGAAACAAUGAGUUCAGUUUUAUUGAACAACAAUGGAGAAGAAAUGGCAUCUAGAGAAACUUCCAAAAGGAGUCUUCGAUCUUUGGACGAAAGAGUUUAUGAUGCUAGUACAUAUUAUCCUUCUCAGUAUUCUACAGAAGAAAUUUACCACCAGCAGGGUGAUCUUCAAAAUCCUCAAGAACGAUGCAGCAUAAUGUAAAAGAAGAGAAAAAUGUUUUAUAAUCCAAAUAGUUUUUAUAAUGUCAUUUUUUAGAUUCAUCUUCAAAUCAUUGUAUGAUACAAUGAAUGGUUUUUAAUGUUACAUCACAGAAGUUAAGAGAUUAACAGUGAUGAAUAUGUACAAUGGUUUUCUAUGUAGAAAUUCUCAGAUAAAUUUUUAAUGAAUUUAAGAACCCCCACCCCCUUCUCCCCAACUGUGCAAUAAAUAAUCAAGAAGUUAAAUUUGUUGUUUUCACAAACUUAGUAAAAUACAGAAACAUUGAAGUAAACUAAAAAAGUAUCAGGCAUAAGUAAAAUCCAUUGGAAACACUCAAAAAAUCAAUAAAUAUUCAAAUGUUCACUACUGACUGCCUACUAAACUCACUUUUGUUUCUCAUUUUCAUCAAAAGCAUUAUCAUAUUGUAAAUUACUUGUCAUGCUUUGUGUUUGUGUAUGUUUUAUUUCAAAACUUUUCAUUGUGUUAGUUUUUUUUAAAAAACUAUUUUUACGUCAAAAUUUUUCAUUUAGUAGUAAUGUAUAGUAGAGUUAGAGUACUCAUGAUCUAGUUGUUUCUUUUUCUUACAUAUAAUUAUUAUAUAAAUUUGCAACAUAUGAACUCUUAAGUGUUCAAGAAGUUGCAUUAUUUUGCUUGUGAUUUUUUAAAAACUUGUACUGAGCGAAAACAUAAAUAAAGUUGUGCCAAUAGUCUUUUUUUUUUUCUUCUUUGCUUUGGGUUUUCUCUUACUCUUUGCCAAGUCAAGAAUUAACAAAAUAUUUGUUGUGUGAAAGGUGUGAUUAUUAUUAUUUUUUUAAAUGUGAUUAUAGUCAUUUUACUUUCAGUUGUGCAUUUUAGAAUGUGCCAUAUCAACUGACUUGGAUAUGCCAUGAUGAGUAACAGACAUUUUGAAAUUUGCAGAGCCUUUAAUAGAAACUUUUUUUUUAUUGAGGUCAAGCAAAAAAAUUAUUUGAAGGUAACACUAGGAUUGGGUCAUAUUUCUGGCAAAAUGGUAAGGCAACAUAGUAAUUUUUCCAAGACGCAAAAAGUGGAGAAGAAAAUGGCAAACUAAAAGAUGGUGUUAUUUAAAAAUAUAUUCUAAAAAUAAUAUAAUUCUAUUUAAUGCAAUCAAGACUUAAACCAAAAUAUUAUUAAUUAGACAUUUCAUUAUGUUAUUUUAAUUAAAAUAAUUCUUGAAUCUUCAAAAUCUUGGAAUUUAAUUGGGAAUAAUACUUUAAAACUUCUUUUUGCUAUAAAAUGUUGAAAAAACAAAGACAUUGGUUUAUUUAGGUUGCUUUUUUGAUAAUACCAAGGGAAAUUUUUAUUUUCUUUGCUUGCGCUUUGUUAUAGCAUUUUUCAAUGUUUUUCAUAUUAUUUUAAUCUUAUUGUACUUUCACAUAGACAUUGUAGAAAGAUUGAUUAAUUUUGGUUUGAGUUUGUUGUACAUAAAUUUUAAGAUUAUUGAGCAAAAGGUUUAAAAAUUUGAUUUUUGUACCAAUUCAUUUUAACUUGCUAGAAAACGCUAUUUAUUAAACAACUGAUUAGUGAACAAAUUAAAAUAUUCAACAAUUGGUAAAUAAAUAUGUAUAUUUUUAUAAACAAUGAAUGAAAGUAUACUAUCAUAAUAUGAAAAGAUUUUAAGCUGUUUCUUGCUAUUGUUAUCACAUUCAAAGGCAUUUUUAUGUAAGAAAGUAGUUUUGAGGUAAUAAUCAGAUGUUAAAUUAAAGUUGUGUUGCUUUUUAAUUUCCUUAACUUAUUAUAUUACACUAACCUUAAUAUUACUAACUUUUUUAAAUAGGAUACAGGUAACCAGAAAAGAAGCCUCUCAAUAUUAAGUGUUCAUAAAUGUGUCAACUAACUGCUAAUUUUCAAUAAAAAAAUUUAAAAGAAUCAAUUUACAAAUAGUUGAAAAGAUGAUUAAUGAUACAAGGGAACAUGUGGAUGUUGCAUCUUGCAAUAUUUAAAAUGUGCUAUGCGUUAAAUAUGUAACCUCUUACGUAUUUUAAAAAUUACAGAAGGCUGGUCAACAUUUUUUUAUGUCCUAUAAUUUCAAAACAUACAUUGCUCUUUCAUAGCACAUUUAUCAUUUGCUUUUCAAGUUGCUAAAAGUAAAGGAAAUAUAAAAUGUUGAAAGAGUAUAGAUUUUUAUUGCAUUUCAAUCUGUAAUUUAUUAAGGUAUAUAACAGCAAUGCAUUCAAUAUGUUCGUACUUACGUCUUUAUAUGUUCCUGUGUAAUAAUCACUUUUGUACUGUUCCUUGCAUUUCAAUAUAUUGAUUUGCAAACAAUCUUCAAAAUAUUUGUACAAGGGACUGUCAGUUUCAUACACAUCUUUAAAUAUUGAUCUCCUCAUUCUGUAUAAUUCAUGCAAUUCAUGUUUUUUAAAAUGGCUGCUUUUGUGGGUACGUCAUUUUGGAAUGUCACUACUUGAAAAUAAAGUUUGAUAUAUUUUU